GCCAUUUUGGCUCAAAUCAGGAAGUACGGCUUGCCCUGUUUGAGAUAACAAUGUAGAGCCACUAUGACAGUUACGCGUUUGAGUUUCACGAGAAAAGUUCUGGUCACCAGCAACGACGAGAGCACGGUAACUGGUCUCAAAACUUGGACAAGAUAGCAUAAGGAUGGUGCGGGUGGUGUUUCUGCAUCCAGACCUCGGUAUAGGUGGAGCAGAGCGUCUGGUUGUUGAUGCAGCAGUUGCCCUUAAAUCGAAGGGAUGUAAUGUCCAAAUCAUGACUGCCCAUUAUGACCCCUCGCACUGUUUCUCUGAAACCCUUGACCCAGACCUACCUGUGCUUUGUGUGGGAGACUGGUUGCCUACCAGUGUUUUGGGUUACCUCCAUGCCCUUUGUGCUUACCUGAGAAUGAUUUAUGUGGCAGUCUACUUGGUGUUCCUCAGCGGACUGGAGUAUGAUGUCAUCUUCUGUGAUCAGGUGUCCGUGUGUAUUCCAGUGUUGAGACUGGCCCGUCACAGAAAGAAAGUUUUGUUCUACUGUCACUUUCCAGACCAGCUGUUGACUCAAAGAAAAUCAUCAAUCAAAAAGCUUUACCGUGCUCCCAUCGACUUUCUGGAGGAGCACACCACUGGCAUGGCUGAUAUGAUUCUGGUGAACAGCCAGUUCACCGCAGGAGUCUUCAGGGAGACCUUUCAGAGUCUUAAAGGGAUCCAAACAGACGUCCUCUAUCCCUCCCUCAACACAUGCACCUUUGACCAGCCGCCCACUGAAUCGCAAGGGUUGUGGGGGCUGCUCCCUGAGGAAACCUCCCACCUGUUCCUCUCGCUCAACCGAUACGAGCGAAAGAAGAACCUGGGACUGGCACUGCGGGCUAUGGCGGCUCUGAGGAGCAUCCUUCCUCCGGGCCGGCGGGCGGGCGUUCACCUGGUGGUGGCAGGGGGCUAUGACGACCGGGUGAGCGAGAACGUGGAGCACUAUGGCGAGCUGAAAGAGCUGGCAUCUCAACUCCACGUAGAGGACUGCGUCACUUUCUUGCGCUCUCCCUCGGACUCCGUCAAGGUGGCGCUGCUGCGGGGCAGCCACGCCGUACUCUAUACACCGAGCAGGGAGCAUUUUGGGAUCGUUCCCGUUGAGGCCAUGUACUGCUGUUGCCCCGUUAUCGCCGUCAACUCCGGGGGGCCUCUGGAGAGCGUGGCAGAUGGCGAAACAGGCUUCCUGUGCGAGCCCACGGCCGAGGCCUUCUCUAAGGCCAUGCAGAGGCUUGUCGUGGAGCCGCAGCUGCGCAGGGACAUGGGACAAGCUGGCAGGAAGAGGGUGCAAGAUAAAUUCUCACUUGAGGCUUUUUCACAACAGCUCCACGGGUACGUUGUCACCCUAAGCCAGUGACACUGAGAGUGAAUUUUUUUUCAGGGGGGGUGCUGGUUGGGGAGCGGGAAGCUGACUUUGUGUCUGUGUGAAGUAUCGGGUGGUUGCAGUAUUACUGUAUGAAGAUUUAAGAGGACAAUUCAUCAAUGUUAUUGUGGAAACGUUGCUGAGGAACAGACCUCUAUACCAAUUAUGAAGAAAAUAAAGUGUUUCUAUACUAUGUUGGCUUGUGUACAUGUGGCACGGCAACCAAAAAAUAUUGAUUAAUACAGUGAAAUGUUUCUUCCCAUUUUGGGCUCAGCAGCCAUCUGUAUUAGUGAGGGAACGCAGGCCGUACGCACAGUCUUAAAUCAAUAAACUGGAUGCUUUCCUCCA